UGCUCCUUGCACCUCAUAACUUCUAAUAUCCAACAUUACUAAAAUAUAUAUCUAAUUCAUCAGGAAGAAGCGAACAAUCAUAUGGGAGGCAACGGCAGGCAGAGGAAAUCUUCUUGCUUCUCUAUCUUUAACAUCUUCAAGACCUGUUGUUCUCAUGGCAGCGAUGAUAUUAGCGAAGAUGGUUUCUAUGUUAGAAGAAUAUGUCCCAGCGACGAAGAUGGGAGACGUUGGAUUGCAGAUCCUGGGAUUGACGGUAGAGCCUCAGCAUUCAUCGCCAGGUUCUAUGAGGCUCGUGUUUCGGACCCAGAGCGCCAGACUCUUGCUCUCUGAUAGUGCAUGCACUCUCUCUUUCCAUUCAUUUUGUUAUAUCUUCCAUCUCUCUCUUUGUUAAUUUCUCUGUAUUAAAUUUCAAUUGUUGUAGUCUCAGGGAUCAUUUCUCUCAAUAGUACUGUUACAAUUUCACUUC